AUGGCGCCAACAUUCCAAAACCCCAUCAUCCGGGGCUUCAACCCCGAUCCCACAGCCUGCGUGGUCCCACCAUCUACCCCGGGCGGAAAACCAACAUACUACCUAAGCACAUCGACCUUCGAAUACUUCCCCGGCUGCGCCAUCUACCGCUCCACCGAUAUCAUAAAUUGGGCACUGAUCGGUCACGCCCUUACCCGGCCCUCGCAACUCAACCUGCGCACCGUCGAACCCGGCGCCGGCAGCUGGGCCUCGACGCUGCGCUACCGCCACGCCGAAAAGCGCUGGUACCUCUUCAACGGCGUGUACCACCGCUACCGCCCCACCAGCGACGAGCGCAUCUUCCCGCGCGGCUUCUACGUCUGGACCGACGACAUCGAUACAGACGGCUCCUGGAGCGACCCUGUGUACUUCGACAACCCCGGGUUCGAUCAGGACGUCUUCUGGGACGACGACGGGAAGACUUAUCUCUCGACCACGGUGCGGAUUGCGGACCGGGAUCCGGCGAGUGCGCUGAAGGACUUCGCGAUUCAUGUGUCCGAGGUGGAUUUGCCGACGGGGCGGACGCUGACGCCGCCUGUGUGUGUUCGACAGAGUCAGUAUGGGGUUGCGGAGGGCAGCCAUAUCAUGAAGAAAGACGGGUUCUAUUACUUGUUUGUUGCUGAGGGGGGAACGGAGGCAGGGCAUCAGGAGUGGGUGUUCAGAAGCGAGAAGGGUGUCUUUGGGCCGUGGGAGAGCCAGGGGAAGCCGUUGUGGUAUAAUGGGCCUGAGGAGGAAGUGCAAAGAACAGGGCAUGCGGAUGUUUUUGAGGACGAGAAGGGGCGGUGGUGGGGUGUCUUCUUGGGCGUGAGGCCCGUCAAGAGCCAAGGGGGGUAUCUCGAACCACAAUUGGGCCGUGAGACAUUUCUGGUCAAAGUGGAAUGGAUCGAUGGUUGGCCAGUGUUCAACGAUGGGAAGAACAUCGAGUUUGAAACCGAAGGCCGCGAGGAGGUAGCUCAAGUCGUGACGCGGUCAAGACCGGAAGGCAUCCGCUGGCAAGCCGCACUUGAAUCCAACACCAGCACUCUCGAGCUUGGGUGGUACCAGAAGAAUACUCCACUUAAACCUUUCCACUCAUUCACGGAACGUCCAGGCUACCUACGUCUCCAUGGCGGUUGUUAUGACCUUUCGUCUCCGGAAGCACCAUCCCUCCUGCUGCGGAAACAGGAGAGUUACCACGAUGUUUUCUCUGCGACACUCGAAUUUCACCCUAGCCGGAAAGGGUAUGAAGCAGGCAUCACCGUGUGGUGGAGUAUGUACUCCUACGCUUCAAUUGGCAUCACGCCCGUGAAUCAGGAUGAUAAGCUUGUGCCUACCGUUGUCUGCAAGAAGCCCACAGGCGCUGUCGGGGAGUUGACCACCACAUAUCCAGCAAUUGCUAGUGCCUCCACGUUUGACGCACUAGCACCUGUGCAGUUGUCAGCGCGCGCUACCCCUACCACGUACACCAUGACUCUCGUCCAAGGCUCCUCCGAGUGGAGCUUUACAUUCGAUGUCAAGGAUCUCUGCAUCAUGCCUCCAGUAGGUGGUGCUUUCACAGGAGCAAUGUUCGGUAUCUACUCGUUUGGAGCUUGGGAGCCUGUCCUUGAUCCAGCGGAUUUCAAAGACAUCACCAUCCGAGAACAAGAGCGGUGA